AGCAGGACCCGACAAUAUACCAGCCGAAGCACUGAAGUCAGACAUCGAUGUAACUACAAACAUGCUUCACUUUCUAUUCAAGAAGAUUUGGGAGGAGGAAUAAGUGUUGAUGGACUGGAGAGAAGGACACCUCAUCAAUAUAUCAGAGAAAGAAAAUUUGGGCAAACGUGAGAACCACAGAGGCAUCACACUACUAUCGGUACCAGGAGAAGUUUCCAACAGUGUUGCUGAACUGGAUGAAAGAAUUAGUAGAUGCCCAGCUUCGACAUCAUAGGUCGAAUUCGGUGAGGACAGGUCAUGUGCAGACCAAAUCGCGACACGACAGAUCAUCGUUGGACAAUCAAUUGAAUGGAGUUCGUCACUGUACAUAAACUUUUCUAAUUAGA